GAGCGUUCCUUCUGAUUUGACUUCCGGUGAAAAAUAUUUUACCUUUAGGCUUUUGCAUUCACACCUCAGAUAUCCAUUUUACAUGUUUCAAAAUGAUAAUUCUCCUAAACAAGUAUUUAUCGAACGAGUUCCAUGGGAAAUGGUUAAUCCUUUACUCAACAAAGGUAUUUCGAGCGUUCUUACAAUUCUAAAGCGUUCAAAACGACGCCGCAAAAGAAAUUCUGCAAGAAAACGAGUGCUUCUCUGUCAAACUGAUCUUAAGGUGCUUUUUCCAUCUUCUGAGUGCCAAGACAAAAAAAAAACAAACACGUGUAUUAGGUCGCCAAUAACUUUGCUGAUUGAAGGGAAAAAAAUGAUUGAAGAGUUAAGCGAAGAAUUAACAUCUGAUGCAUCAUCACUUUCUUCUGGAGUUUCUUCCUCUUCCAUGAACAGUAAGAUGCUGGGUACUUUAAAUUUUUUACGGAGUGAAUUCAAGACCUGUAGCAGCUUGCUUGGCGCUUUCAUGCAAUCUCAAGUGCAGAUUCCUCUCGAAAAAGCUGGUAAUGAUAGUUAUGUGAAUGAGUUGGCCAAACAUGCUAAUUCAUUUGGAUUAUCCGUUUGGGGACUGCUGAUAGUGCCUUUCAACUAUUUGGAGCGUAUGAUGAAAUCAUCUGGAGAGUUUGAACAGCUUUUUAUAAAAUUUUCUCAUCGCAUUAAUGAUGUUCGCCAGUUUAUUUCCUCUGUCAAAAGGUAUCAAUUUCCUGACUACGAUGAGAAGUUAGAAUUUCUUGUUGGUAGCAUGAAACAAGGGGUUACUUGCAAUCAGAAGUGUAUUAGUUACUCUCUCGAACGCCAGAUGGAGCGUCAGUGUAGAAAAAGGAACAUAUUUCAUUACACAUCAAUAGAAAGUAUUCUUCAACAAUGGAACGCUAAUUUUGAGAACGAAAAUUUAACGUUUGUACCGAAUGAAUAUCGCCCACUGGUUGCUCGCUGGAUUAAAUGGUCUUUGAUGAUUAAUAAACUUCGGGAGACGUUAGCCAGUCAAACUUCUAUUGGUGUUGUUGGACUGAUAAACUCUGGAAAAUCAAAACUUGUUAACUCAAUGUUUGAAGUAAUGACGGUGACUGGCACCACAGAUCAGAAGCGAACCACCGUUCCGUUGAUUUACAACUUGGAUAAGCACUUAAAAGGUUUAGAUGUCAUUGAUUUUCCUGGUGUGGAUGAUCGUGAUGAGACAAUUCCUGAGUUGGCAAAAUUAUUGUUAAGUUUGACUCGGAUUGUUGUAUUUGUUGUUGAUUACAGAAAAGCUCAUUCCGAGUCAUCAAAACAAUGGCUUUCUAUACUCGAGAAAGAAAACGUACCUGUUCUUGUUUGUUUAACAUUUGGUGACAGACUUUUCGUUGAAUUAAUGGGUAAAAAGGGAAAUUGUGACGUUGACACGAUAAAAGCGGGCGUGGAAAAUGAAGUGGAAACAAUCAAAAAGAAAAUUGGAUUUCCAGAAAGCAGCCAUCAACGUGAUUUUAAACUGUCAGUGUUGUCCUUUGACUACGAUUCCUACCUCAAUUCUGAGGAGUGGAAAGCAAAGCUGCGUAAAGUUGGUCUUUGUGAUGAACUUGAUGUGGGUCGUUGGAUCGCAGAGAAAUUGGAGGAUCAGUACGAGCUACAUGAUCUCUCACAGACUUUUUUAAAAUAUAUCGAGAACAAAGAAAGCAGCACUUUACAUCCAUGUCUGCAAAACAAGGAAACGAUAAAGACUAGAAAACAAAGAAAAAGUGGAAAGAAAGCAAAAGAAAAGGAAAAAUGAAAUCGAUUCAUGAAGAUUUUUUAUCAAACAAUCGAGCAUCUGUAACCUCUAACAAUCGUUGUUACGGAAACAUGCGUUUAAUUUACAAUUUGCAACUAUAGUACUCUUUACAUAGUAAAUAAAUUUGACUCGCGUGUUAUUGUUCCAAUAUAAUAAGAUGACGAUUUUUUCAAUGAAACAGAAGUGUUGAUACGUGAGAGCACAUUCAUCCAUCGAAACUUAUUCAAAGUGUUAAUGAAAAUUCUAUAUCUAAAUUAUAUUUUAAUGAAAAGAAAGGCUUUUUUUAGCAGAGAA